AUGAUACCCAGACUAGGCUGGUCGCGGGUAUCACUUGCAGCACUGGACUCAUCACGGGAUGGCAGAGGACAACGGGUGGCACGAGAUGUGUUCAUAGGCUCCAAAUACUCUGACCUUUAUCCUCUGAAAAUCACCGUCCACAACGGUCGUCUUGACGUCUGUACUGACUGGUUCGCCUCCACUGGUGACUACUCGGCAGAGUGUCCAUCCGGUGGUUGCCGAGAUCUGAUUGCAUCGCUGACUGCCCUGUUCCUGACGCACAACGAGACAACGGCGCGUGCACAAGCACCUGUCAAUCUGACAGUCUCUGCGCUGGUCGGAUCACGCAUUGUCACCGGUAAUGGGCUUUCAUGGAGCAACAAUUCGCAAGAAAACACCAUUGCCUACGCUACCACCCCGUCUGACUUCCUGAUGUCGGCAUUGAACUGGAAGAGUUCAGAGAUGCAGAGCUCUGAGCUGCCUCCACCAUACAGGAUCGAACCGGGCCCAUCCAAAGUCCGAGGCUAUCAGACAGCUUCGUGGCUGCAGCCACUUGUGGUCGUUCAAUGCGCUCCGAAUGCGACCGACAUAAUUCACAGCAAGAACGUAACGCAAAACGGGAGGCCAUACCCCCCGCCCAGAGUAGUUGACUUCGACACCGAUGCUGUGCCCUUCUCAUUUCUGAAGGGGGUUCAUGAGCCCAUCAACAUCUCCCUGAGCACCGGUCUUCUGAAUGGAAUAUUUGAGCGGGCAUUGGCUGAGUCGACUUUUCCACGAGAGAACAAAAGUCAGGCCGCGUUCGUCAACAUCGACGAUCAAUUGGGUUUCCAUGGCUCAGUCGCCAUGGUCCUGCCUAAAAUAUAUGGAGGCCUGUUUACAAAAGUUGACCUCUGCAUCGCAGAACCGAGCUGGGUCGAAUCGGACAUCAAGUUGGUUCAAAACGCUACGGCCAGCCCGGUACCGUGGAGUGGAAUAAGUGUCGAUCUCGAGGCUAUGAUACAUGAUCACUCGGCAAAUGGCCGUCCACUCAUGCGUCUCGAACCGGACUGGAUUGAUUCCCUUAAUCAGAAAGUGCCCAGGGUACAACCUCAUUUACAGGAAGAAAAAGUGCCACUUUUCGACUACAUAGCCUCAUUUUGCUCCAUGGCUACGUCUAAACAGAUGUGCCAGUCGAUCUUCCUAGCUUCUUUCCUGGUCGACGCCAUGUCCCGGUCCCAUCACGUCCACCCGAGCGUGUAUUUCUCCAGCAAUGCGAACGGUUCUGGGAACGGGUACGAAGUCAUGCGCAGCACAGCAUAUAAUCAAGGCAUCAAUACCACAUUGACAGACACUCUCGAAGGAAAUGACCUCUUGGAUGCAGACUUGUACACAAACAUCCCGUUCGCGAUAUCAAAAUAUGCCUACGGCUACCGGCUGGAUAACUUGACUGUCGUGUUUGCAAUGGCGGUGUUGCUUUUGCAUGUAGCACUUGUCCUCGCGCACGUGCUCAUUGGCCUCCUCGGAUCUUCUUGGUCGAGCAUGGCAUGGUCGGGGCUCGGCGAGCUCCUUGCCCUGGGGAUUCAAUCGGAUCGAACACCACUUCUGGAGAACUCGGGAGCUGGAGUCUCUCGACCAAGCAUCUGGAGGCUGAAGGCUUCCGUCAGAGAGCUUGAGUCUGAGAAAAGACUUCAGCUCGUUCUUUGUGUGCAGCCGCACAAUGAUAAACGGCACCAAGUUUGUGCGGGAGCCAGCAUGGGUCUAUUGCCAAAGGCAGACCAGGAGUAUGGUCGACAACAGUAG